UGGCUGUGCUAUCUAGUGGAAAUCGUGAAAAGAGAUUCACCCACUCAAUAGUUUAAGUAAUUUGCGUUGUUCUGCUCGUAGUCUGACAAAGAGAAGUAGCAGACAGAGAAAGAAGGAAUCAAAAGAGAAUUUCAGAUUUAGUGGAGCUGUAUCAUAACUAUUUUCAACAAAAAAAUACAUUUGCGAUAGUCUUUCACGUCGCCGUCAGCCAGCAAGGACAAUUGCUUCCGUGUUUAUGGAGGCGAAGUUGUCACUGAAACGUCCGUGCGUUUCUUUCGGCCUAAAAUCGUGAAUUUUGUUCAUUUGUGUCCGAUUUGAAUGUUGGUCGGUCUGAGACUGGGAGCCGCCAUGGCUGGUGCUGUCGGAUCCUUUAGUUUCCAUAUAAGAAUAUGAAGAUUUGCUAUUGGACCUGAUAUUGUUUUCUUUGGGGAAUCAUUCAAUGUAAGCAGACUUGACGUUCAUGCCACUGUAUGUAGCCUAUUCCUGUUUACGGUUGUGUUUAAAAAAAAAUGUACUGGCAACUUUGAGAGGCCCAAUUUAUGAGACACCUAUCUCAGGACGUUAUUUCAUAGAAUGCAUUUGUAACGUUAGCCUAGGUAAGUGACAAGAACAUACAAAAUAAAAGGAAUGACAGAUUCUUGCUGAAUGUGGCUGGACGACAGCUCGAGACCUGACACAGCUGACCGGUUCGAAAUUAGUUUGCUAGCUAGCUAGCUAGCUGGCUGGCUAGUUCGUGCUAGAACGAUAUACGAAGAAGCAGACCUCUAUCGUGGAAUUAGCUACCAAUUAUAUUUUAAGUCAAAGACUAAUAGAACUGGAAAGUCAAAAGACGACUAGUACUGGGAAAAGUACGAUUCGACUGAAGACGAAGCGGGGAUAUCUUGGAUUGGAAUAUGUCGGGUCGGCCCAGAACCACCUCCUUUGCGGAGAGCUGCAAGACAGUGCCGCAGCCCUCAGCAUUUGGCAGUAUGAAAGUCAGCAGAGACAAAGAUGGCAGUAAGGUGACCACAGUGGUAGCGACCCCAGGCCAGGGCCCCGACCGGCCGCAGGAGGUCAGCUAUACAGACACUAAGGUCAUCGGCAACGGCUCGUUCGGUGUGGUCUACCAGGCUAAACUGUGUGACUCCGGGGAGCUAAUAGCCAUCAAGAAGGUUCUGCAGGACAAGAGGUUCAAGAACCGGGAGCUGCAGAUCAUGAGGAAACUGGACCACUGCAACAUAGUGCGUUUGCGCUACUUCUUCUAUUCCAGUGGAGACAAGAAGGACGAGGUGUAUCUCAACCUGGUUCUGGACUACGUUCCUGAGACUGUGUACAGAGUGGCUAGACACUACAGCCGAGCCAAGCAGACCCUCCCCAUGGUCUAUGUGAAGAUGUACAUGUACCAGCUUUUCCGGAGCUUGGCCUACAUCCAUUCCUUUGGGAUCUGCCAUCGGGACAUCAAGCCCCAGAACCUGCUGUUGGACCCGGAGACAGCCGUGCUCAAGCUCUGUGACUUUGGCAGUGCGAAGCAGCUGGUCCGUGGUGAGCCCAAUGUGUCCUACAUCUGCUCACGGUACUACAGAGCCCCCGAGCUCAUCUUUGGGGCCACUGACUACACCUCCAGCAUAGAUGUAUGGUCCGCUGGCUGCGUUCUAGCAGAACUGUUGCUAGGGCAACCCAUUUUUCCCGGCGACAGUGGGGUGGAUCAGCUAGUGGAGAUCAUCAAGGUUCUCGGCACUCCCACUCGGGAGCAGAUCAGAGAGAUGAAUCCCAACUACACUGAGUUUAAGUUCCCUCAGAUUAAGGCACACCCAUGGACUAAGGUGAGUCAACAGCCUUGUGUGAUUGGCUCUCAGGUGUUCCGGCCGCGCACGCCCCCUGAGGCCAUCGCUCUGUGCUCGCGGCUGCUGGAGUACACGCCCACAGCGCGCUUCACGCCCCUGGAGGCCUGUGCGCACACCUUUUUCGACGAGCUCCGGGACCCCAACCUCAAGCUGCCCAACGGGCGCGAGAAGCCCCUGCUCUUCAACUUCUCCACACAGGAGUUGUCCAGUAACCCCUCCCUAGCCUCCAUCCUCAUCCCCGCCCACGCCCGGAAUCAGCCCGGGGCCUUCACCCCUACCAACACCUCCGCACCCUCAGAUGCCAACAGCGGAGACCGUGGCCAUACCACCAACGCUGCCGCCGCCUCCACCUGAGACCUCUUCCUGACCCGUCUGCCCGCUGCCCAUGUCCCAGCUCCUGGACAACAACAGUGGCAUGGCUGCACACCAACCAACUAAUGAAGCGAAGCAAAGCAAGAAAACUGACGCCCGAUAAAGAUGAACGCAAGGAAAACCGAAUCGGAACUUUGUUAUUCCCCUACCACCUCCACCCUCUCCCACCGUUUUAAUGUUUGAUUAUUUAUUUGUACAAAAAGGACAACCGUGAUGUGUUCUCAGAGCUGCUCUUCAUCUUUCUGUGCUUUGAAGAGGAGGGGACUGAGUGCGGGUGUGUUUAGUGUAGAGCUAAUGUAUAGCUAAAUAAGUAUACAAAAGUACUUUGACGUGUUUGUUUCCAUAGACAAUCUUCCUUUUUUCUUACGCUUGGUAUAGUCACCCACUCUCUCUGUGUAGGGGAGGCCUCUACAUGCCUCCUGCAACAGCCUUAUGUUCAUACUGUGGCCCCUUGAGGCCCCUGUCAACCCCAUCCCACCCAUUCAUACAUAUACAUCUGAGGACCUUGAUGACAUUGUGACUUUUAUUGGUUGACCUCGAUAUCUGUCUGUGUUCAAUGUACACAUACACAGUUGAUAUAUUGUAGAUUUGUGUCAGCUACUCUCUCUCUCCCGCUUCAGAAAUCACAAUUCUGCUACUGUAUGCAGCACCAUUUUGUGAUUCUGCUCGUAAGGCAACAGUUGUCUCGCACCUCCGCAUGUUUUUUGGGUUCGUCCCCGUUUUAGCUGCUAGAAACGGUUCAGAAAUUAGUUUUCCCCCGUUUUCCCCCUAAGGGUAAUGCCGUACCGACAACUUUGCAAGAACAGACCUGAGAGCAAGAGAUUCUGCUGGUCUUUCAUGUGAUUUCAAUGAAGACCACGACCUCUGUUUUACUUUUCCUGCUGUUGUCAGAUAGACAUUAUGACUAGUAAAGCCUGAUAUUGUUCCGUUUCUUGUUAGGUUGGUGUGGGUUUUGGGGACUGGCUAUGAAGGAUGCUUGGAUGAGGGCGUAUGCUGUUGAUUGUGCUGAAUUUCAUCACAAUCUUUCUUUGUUACCAUCUGUGUCCGAAUGUUCCCUAUAAUUUAGUGCACUGCUUUUGACCACAGUUCACAUAGCGCUGGGCAAAAGUAGUAGGGAAUAGGGUGUCAUUUCAGAUGCAGCCCCAUGUCAUUUUAAACCACUGUUGGAAGUCCUUCCUCAUUCUGACUUCACCCUUUCCUGCUCUUCUUUUACAACUGAAAGUCCUUCCAUCCCAUCCCUCAACACGUUGAAGACCUAUACAAAAAGUACACACAAAUGUGUAUGUAUUUAUGUAAGUAGAUGCUCCUCACCAAACUGGCUUACGUGUGCGUGUCUUCCUGUGGUAUGGUAUGUAAAUAGGCAGACCCAAGAACUGUUAACGAGCAAAAACAAAAAUGAAUGAUAUAAAGAAGAAUACAAAAGAAAAAAACAUUCAGGUUAAAAGUUAUUGUAUAGUCAAACUGUAGAUCAGCUUUGUUUUUCUCCUCCAGCCAUUUAGUUCAAUCUCGACUGCACAGUAGGUACCAGCUGUAUCAUUGUAAGGAUAACCAGUAAUGUAUAGUGUAUCUAUAGGUUGGAGUGCCUUUGCUUCCACUCGUUCGCUCCUCUCUUCCCCAGGUCUCCUCCCUCUAUGGACCUAUCUGGAGGCUCUGUUGUAAAAUUGCCCUUACGCACAGAUCUAGGAUCAGCUUGGCCUCCCGAAAUCCUAACCAUCGUGGGAAAACACAAAACUGACUCGAGACCAGCGUACAGGGCAGAUUCACCCUAUUCCUUCGUGGAGUGCUGUUGACUUCCCCUUUCCACCUCUCUGAUCUUUCAUGUUCCACAAUUCAUUGCAAAGCCAGGUGUCACACAGACCACACUCAUCACAUCACCUCGUCACUGUUUCUUUUUGUACGAUUGGCUAUGUGUCUUUGACUUUGGGAUCCCCUUUGGUGGUGGUGGGUUGGGGGAGUUGUAGCAUUGAUUUUCUCAGACACUUUAAAAAUACAUUCUCUUUCCGGGAAGGUUUGGGGUGGGUUUUAAAAUGUUUUUAAUGGUUUUAUGAGCGAUGGACGUACAACCCCACAUGGUUUUGGGGGAAAGAAGAGUCUUAUCGUAUUCAGUAUUACUUUCUCAACUAUGGCAAUAAACAAUUUGUCUGUAGGAUUUGUGUGUCCACAUUCUCAACAGCACUCUGUGAGAGAUGUCAUAUAGCACCAAUCCUUCAUGUUUUUUAUUACAUUUUUUAAAGCAUAUAUUUGUAUGCUUGCAUCCGUAAAUGUGUUGCUAUCCAAUCAUUUGGCCUGUAAAACAAACAAUGUGACCACUUCUUGUCUUUAAGGAUAAUAUAUGUACAAAACACAAUGUUUAAAAAAUAUAUAUAGAACAUUUUUAAAAAGAAUGAAGGACUGGGUUAUAUUCAGAAAUUAAGACUUUACAACAGAAAAAAAAACUAACAUUACUUCUACUUGAAUGCCUCUGUGACUGAAAUGUUGAUUUCUUUUUGAAUAUAAACCUUUUGUUCUGUGAAGGUAUGCUUAAUGUCCCCUCUCCCUGUAAAUAUUUCUGUCUCUAUGUGACUUGGUUCAGAGAAAUAGUUACCUGGUACUGUAAUUUGCAUUAAAUAAACCGUAGGUUAGCCUGGAAACGAACAAA